CUUAAGAGUAAACUUUAAGUGUGGGUAAAAAUGAAAUAAUUACUUACAAAGUUUAAUUCUUCAUUUCCUUUGAGAGAGAAAAGUUAUGGAAAAGCAGCUCUUAUCUAAAGCAAAGAGCCCACAGAUUGAUUUCAUUGGCCCUGGAUGUAUUUAAUGGGUUUUUACUGUGCACAUAAUUUCCAGAAGCAUUGUUAUUUAUUUAUUAAUUAUAAAUUUGGUGUAACCAUUUCAUAGGGUUACACAAAACUACCCAGUUGUGCAUGUCUGAUGUAAUUUCACAUAUGAAUGUAUGAAUUACUUGUCUUAUUCAUGUUGAUACAGCCUCAGUCCAUGGCGCAUCCGUGUGGGGGGACCCCAACAUACCCAGAAUCACAGAUAUUUUUCCCAACUAUUCAUGAACGUCCAGUUUCUUUCUCACCACCUCCCACCUGCCCACCGAAAGUAGCCAUUUCCCAGCGGCGUAAGAGCACCUCCUUCCUGGAAGCCCAAACUCACCACUUCCAACCCCUGCUGAGGACUGUUGGCCAGAGUCUUCUUCCACCUGGUGGCAGCCCAACUAACUGGACACCAGAGGCCGUAGUUAUGUUGGGUACUACAGCCAGUAGAGUAACUGGAGAGUCAUGUGAGAUACAGGUCCAUCCUAUGUUUGAACCAUCUCAAGUUUACAGUGACUAUAGACCCGGACUAGUACUUCCAGAAGAAGCUCACUAUUUUAUUCCUCAGGAAGCAAUGUAUCUAGCUGGGGUACCUUACCAGGCCCGGGUGGCAGAACAGUAUGAGGGCAUUCCAUACAACUCAUCAGUACUGUCAAGUCCUAUGAAACAGAUACCUGAACAGAAGCCAGUACAAGGGGGCCCUACUCCAAGUUCUGUCUUUGAAUUUCCAUCUGGACAGGCUUUCCUGGUAGGACACCUUCAGAAUCUAAGAUUAGAUUCUGGAUUGAGUCCAGGAUCUCCCCUUUCUAGUAUUUCUGCACCUAUCAGUACAGAUGCUACACGUUUGAAAUUUCACCCUGUCUUUGUUCCUCAUUCUGCGCCCGCUGUGUUAACUCAUAACAAUGAGAGCAGAAGCAACUGUGUAUUUGAAUUUCAUGUUCACACACCAAGCUCCUCUUCAGGAGAAGGAGGUGGAAUUUUACCUCAGCGUGUUUACCGAAAUCGGCAGGUUGCAGUGGACUUGAAUCAAGAAGAACUGCCUCCUCAAACAGUUGGAUUACAUGGCUACCUGCAGCCUGUGACUGAAGAAAAGCAUAAUUACCAUGCCCCAGAAUUGACCGUUUCUGUGGUAGAGCCUAUCGGACAGAACUGGCCAAUAGGAAGCCCAGAAUAUUCCAGUGAUUCCUCACAAAUCACUUCUUCAGACCCCAGUGAUUUUCAGUCACCUCCCCCUACAGGGGGAGCAGCUGCAUCUUUUGGCUCUGACGUCUCGUUACCCUUUAUCCAUCUGCCUCAGACAGUGUUACAAGAAUCCCCACUUUUCUUCUGUUUCCCCCAAGGAACCACAUCUCAGCAGGUCUUAACUGCCUCAUUUUCUUCAGGAGGAUCUGCACUUCAUCCACAGGUUAUAGGAAAACUUCCACAAUUAUUUUAAACUACCCUACUUUGCACCAUAACAUUUAAAUUUUCUAUUCCUCAUUUCCCUGAAUCAUGGAUUUUUGAGAAAUAUUGUUUAAUUUUAUCAGUAGAGUUUCCCCAUCUUUGGAGGGUCAUGAACUACAUAUAUGUAUUUAAAAACAAAAUAUGAGAGAAGCUACCUGAUAUACCUAUUAUAUGUGAAAACCAGUGGAAAAAAGAAGGCAAAAACUAGAAUUUUAGUCAUUCAUCAAAAUCAAUGACUUCUAUCCCUAUGCACAUUAUGUUCAACCAGUAGUGAAAAUGCAAGUGUAUAUAAUGUGUGGUUGACCCAGCAUUAUUUAGGAAUACAAAUCUUAAGUAUUACUUUCUUCCUCCAAACAAGUUUUUAAAAAAUAGGAUAGGCCGGGCGCGGUGGCUCAAGCCUGUAAUCCCAGCACUUUGGGAGGCCGAGACGGGCGGAU